CGGUUACUUCCCGGCCGUUAAAAGUCACAGAUAGUAUUCGACUUUAUUUUAUUUGGAAAGGAGAGAAAAGGGAAAGGACCAAGAACAUCCCUUCACUCUUCCGGACACACAAGCGAAAUCGGAUCCUUCAGUUUAUUUUUUGAGGAAGAAAAAACAGAAAAAUGGCGAUGACGAUUGAAGGGCUUGCUGGACUUGCUUUUAUGUUUUCAGCUAGCAUUCUACUGCAAGUAUUGGCUUGUGCAAUAUACAGCAACUGGUGGCCUAUGCUAUCAGCUCUCAUGUAUGUGCUGGUGCCUAUGCCUUGUUUAUUCUUUGGAGGUGGGUCCACUCAGUUUCUGAUUAGCCGGGAUGGUGGAGGUUGGAUCGGUGCUGCUAAAUUCCUUACAGGGGCGUCAACUGUUGGGAGCAUAGCCAUUCCUAUAAUCCUUAGGCAUGCUCAUAUGAUUGAAACGGGGGCUAUGUUGAUCGAGUUCACAUCUUUCUUCAUAUUUGUUUGCACAGUCUUGUGUUUUCAUCGCGCCAGUCUAGAGGACGAUUGGUGAUUGAUUGAAUGAUUGAUAAUUGACGCUUGUCAAAUUCUGAUAUGACAUGUAUGAAUUCUGAUAUAACUUGUAUGCUUUUGUUGAACUUACAGAUUAUGACCAAUUAGUUGUAUAUACCUGGGAAAAGAAGAGUAAGAUUUCCCAUCCUGUAAAUUCCACUUAUUUAAAUCUUCCAAGGGAACAUGGAUUCACAGUUA